UUUGAUAGCUAUUCAGUCCAGCUUUUAGAAAGAUCAAACUUUGUAAAUAUUUCGACUUUGUAAACAAACAAUUGAGAUAAAGUUGGUAUAUGCUGGUUCCGAAAUUGUUAAAAUUAACGGACUUUUUAUGUGGAUAUAUAGAAACGUUGAUUGAAAGAGAAAAAAAUAAGAGAAUAAUUCUAUUGUAUUGUUUCUGUUACUAACACAAAAGAUAUAUUUGACAAUUUGAAUAUGUGAACCAAUGUAAGAAACGGAUAUUGACACUUGAACAUUAUAAAUUCUCAUCAAGGAAAUACUUGGAAUUUGACGUUUAUGGAACAUUGUGUAUUUGUUAUACACUUCAUAACAAAAGUCGGUAUACAUGCACUUCUAAUUCGUUAAUAAAUUUAUAAAAAAUGAAUAUGGAAGAAAUUAGAUAUGAUUAUAGCAAAAGGAAAUAACUAAACUAUGGAGAUUUCCUAAACAAUAUACCACAAGAGAUAUAAGAGUGAAAAAAUUGAGUUGAUUUCUUUUUAUGGUAGUGCAUUACAGUCUUUAAAAGCAUUAAUAUGAUGUCCAGAUAUGCAGAUGGUAAUGACUACAGCUUCGAUUCAUAUUCACCAUCCGAUUCUCCCAGGGGAAGGAGGUAUAUUUUGAAAAAUUUAAAUACGAAGAAAUUACAUCAAUUAGACCAUUUAGAUACGUCACGGAAAAUCCAUGACGAUUACCAUGACAUCAGAACGGCAGCGCCCUCUUCUAUCAGUUCAGUCAACACAAAUCAUAGCAAUAAGCACAUUGGUACUGCAAACAAAGUCAUGCCAACUGAAUCGCCAAGAAAAACGCCACGAAAACCGUUGGAGUCCCAAAAACAGACACCGAGAGAGCCGUUUGUUUACGUAAAACAACGGAAAGAUCUGAAUGCGUCGGUGGUUGAUGAACGUAACGAGACUCAAAAGAAAACUCCCCGAAAAGGUGACAAAAGUCCUAGAAAGGGAGGGAAGGAAGACUCAAAAAACAACGUUGUUGCUAUAAAUAAAAAGAAUGAGAAAGGUUUGACGCCGAGGGAUGAAUAUAUGGUGACUAACUUAUAUGACAAAUCUCGCGAGAUUAUUUAUUUAAAACCAUCAGAAGUCCGUUACACACAUGAUCAGAUCACUGCCCAUUUCACGGACGGAAGGUCCAUGCUACAAACAUUUAUAGCCCUACUCUAUGGUCGUGUUGAAAUACGACUAGGUGGAAACGAUGUCCCGCCAAUAGAAGUAAUGCAGACGAGAGAAAUGGAAGGCGGGAAAGAGGGUAACCUUUGGUAUGUUGUCAAUGGCAACAGAAGACUCUACGUGUUCCGCAAAUUAGAACGUUGUGGUGCACUCACAACUAUGCAAGUUAUUGCCAGAAAAUAUGAUGCAAUUGAAAUGGAUAAACAAUUUUUGACCAGGAAUCAUGGACGAACUAUAUCGGUAACGAAUGAUGCUACAUUGAACGCAAAGUUUGGUAAAGAAACGAAACGUUGGAAAGAAUGGAAGGCAAAGCAGCCAAAGAAAAAGCCAACUAAAGGUAAAGGUGGAAACCCUAGCAAAAACGGAGCAUCAAAUAACCAAUCUAGCUGCUGUACCAUAAGCUAACCAAUAUGGGUUUACGUAUCAUAUACCAAGGGAGACAACAAAUACAUAUCAUUCAUAAAUUAUAUACGCUGUGUUAUUUCCCUUUAAUUACAGACGACAAAAGGGUUGCAACAUGCAUAUAUUUAUUUGAAGUACUUUCUGCAAUUACAUGUACGCACGGAUUAUAUUAUGUAAUAUAAAUCCGUGAUGUACGAUACUAUAUGAUAAUUGUUCCAAAAAUAUGACAUUGUAUUAAUUUAAAACCUGGAAAGUUUUGCUUUUCAAUAAUUAAUUGUUUGAAAUAAAUUAUAGAACAAGAGUCAGUGUUUUAAAUGUUGAAUUUAUUAUGUGUAUAAUAUAAUGCAUUAUAGCUCUUAAAUGUUGGCAGUUAAUAUAAAUCACAUGCCUUAAGAAAUACCAGCCAGAGCUCCCAAUAGGACUCCAACGCAUGAUCACUGAGUAGGGAGACAAUAAUCUUUACCAUCUCGACACCCCUCUCCAUAUAUAUUUGACCUAUACAUUAAAGUUC